AUGGCCAUCCAAAACAACUUCUUCAAUGACCAGGGAGGGUUCAAUGGCUUAUUCUUGGGAUCUCUCAUCAUAUGCGGCGCAUUAUCAAUAUUCUCCCUCCUUUAUUUUAAUAGAAUCUUUGCAUCUCUGGUGUCAUGGGCAUUGCGCACCUGGACCUGGCACCAAUACAAAGUCUACAUCGACUUCCAAGCUCUCCAGAUCUCCCUUCUCGGCGGGCGCAUAUUCUUUACCGGCCUUCGAUACCACGGCGCGAACGAGACAAUACUGGUCCAGAAUGGUUACAUAACAUGGAAAUACUGGCUGCGCAGGGUACGGGGCGUCAAGAUUCCAGCGAAGGGCGCACGAGGGCAUAACGAGACCGAUACCGAUUCCGAGGCCGACCCUAUUACUGAGCAGCUGCCGACGCCCAAAUUUCCUUGCCGCAUCAGUGUCUGUCUCUCUGGCCUAGAGUGGUUCAUCUACAACCGUAGCCCGGCCUACGAUUCGAUCCUGUCUGGGUUGACGGAUCUCCAAGAGGAUGCGGUCCCGGCUGCUUCGAGGACAGAACCUGUUGGGGAAGCUGACGGUGCAGGAGCCCAUGAGUCGGGAAAAACACGAAAGCGCCGGUCUAAGAAGCGUGAGAUGCUGAGAAAGUCGGAACAGACACAGAGGUCGGGCGCCACACAGUACAGGAAUGGGCGGCCAAUACGGGAUAGCAGUACUGGGCGCGCGUCUACUAUGGCUUCUUCCGAUGAUGAUGAGGAGGAGGAGGAUGAGCGGGACGGACAGUUCUCGCAUGAGCUCCCCUUAUUCUUGCAGAUGCUACCAUUGCAGUUGGAGGUUACGAAGGCAGCCAUGGUUAUGGGAAACGAAAAUACGAAAGCCAUCCUUAUUGUCAAGACCGAAUCUAUGGAAGGGGAAGUUGAUGCUUCAGCAACGGAUACUCCAGAUCCCUACCGCCAAAUCUUCCGUUUCAAGUUCAACCACCCGGUGAUCGAAAUGAAGGAAAACUUGGAUUAUAAGGAGGACCAGGCAGAAAGGGCUACUCGAGACAAGCAGACGACAACACAUGAUCCCAUCUCUGUCCAUCACAGGCCCUUCUUCGAACAGCAGAUGCGCAGGUUGAUGGGACGUCUUCACCGUCUUCGUCGUUUCGUGACUUUUCAGCGCAAUAGGUCCGUAGAAUCCCUCCCUCUGGAUGCAGAUAGGGAUAUCGGAACCGCAACUAGCCAUAUAUCAACCUCGAAUCCAAACAACUGGCAAGGGUUGUCGCGAUACCUCGAUAGCAAGGCCCAGGAUAUUGGCGGCACGAGACCAGGCUGGGCAUCGUCGGAAUACGCAGCGGUACCGACGAUAUUGGACAGCCCGGAAGCGACGCUUAUCAUCUUCUGGGAUGUUGUAGGCAAAGUCCGGCGUGCUCACACUAUCGCGGACGAAAAGAUGUCUGGACACUUGCACAAUAUCAAUGGUGAAGAGCCGCCAGCAUGGUCAAUUCAACUCUCAGUCAAAGGAGGUUCCAUCAACUAUGGUCCCUGGGCGGAUCGACAACGAGCAGAUCUCCAACGCACUUUUGUUCCGAAUCUUUGCAAAGAUGCAACUGCGGCGACACGAUUGCCCGUAGGCGCGUACCGCGUGCCCACCAAGUUCAAUUUCUACAUUGAGUUUGAAGAUACCGUCGUCCUCCGAGUUCCCGUACGAGAGGAGUCCAAAAAUUGGAAAUGGAAGGGCAAAGAACCUGCUACCAAGCCCCCAGUUGAGCCUCAAGCACGUAAACACCGUGGCCGGCCCAAGAAGGCAGAGCAGCCUGCCACUAUCCAUCAACGACCAUAUGGAUGGCUUGAUAUCAAGGUAACCAAAGACGCUACCAUUUCAUAUACCAUGGAUAUGGUAGCUGGCCCUGCAGGGUUCUCAAACCAGCUCAUCCUGGAGUUACCGAGCACUGAGAUCUCGAGCAGCAUUAACCAUGAACUGCUUUGGAAGUCAGGCAAGCAGCAGAUAUCUUGCGAUCUUUCUACUCCGUUGGGCUGGAACGCCCUUCGUGAAUGGCGUUUCAAAAUCACCAGUAGUGAUCUGGCCCUCUUCAUCCUGCGUGACCACAUCUUCCUCCUGACUGAUUUAGUUGGGGACUGGGCAAGCGGCCCGCCACCUGAAUACCUUGUCUUUACCCCCUUCAAGUAUCAUGUUGAGUUCCAACUGCAGAACCUCCAACUGUUUCUGAACCUCAACGACGCAAACAUUGUCAAUAACCCUACCGACCUAGACGACAACACGUACUUCAUCGUUGCUAGCCCAUUGCUUCAGUCCAAGUUGACGAUUCCAAUUGACAACUACAGACCGAACAAGAACGCCAUUCCUUUCAACAUGACUGCCAACAACGCUUCUGUUACCCUCCAUGUUCCUCCAUGGAAUACCCAAGCAUCAUUCCUGGACACCAAGGAAGUUGGACGGCUUGGAAAUAUGGUGGUUAAUGGCGCCUAUCACUACCAUACGAUAACUUCGCCAGCAAAUACAGAUACGCUCAUACUGAACUUCAGCUCGCAAUCUCUAUUUGCGCGCGUAUAUGGCUUUACAGUGCGAUACGCUAUGAAGAUCAAAGACAAUUACUUUGGCGACGAUGUUCACUUCAAGACCUUAGACGAACAUCAGGCUAUGCUACGCCUGACGGAUCAGAACCCCGGUGCUGAGACUACCAACAAGCCGCCUCCUAAGAAGUCGAGCGACUUGGAUGUCAUCCUCGGCGUCAGGUGCGACCAGCCACAAAUUUUGAUACCGGCAAAUCUGUAUUCUUCGACCCGGCACGUUCUGAUUGACACAGCUUCCUUCAUGGCUGAUUUGCGGUUUACGAAUUACUACAUGGAAAUGGACUUGGAGGUAGCACCUCUUCAAUUGUCGCUGGGCAAUCCAGAUUCAUCGGGCGCCGACACACCAAAGAGUUCCACCGGCUCCAAUACACAAUUGUUCAUAGACGGCAUCCAUGUCUAUGGGCACCGACUCUUUGGGCUUCCUCAUGCUGAGCCAACAUAUCUAUGCAACUGGGAUCUCUCAGUCGGUACCGUUACUGGCGAGUGUACUACCGAGUUUUUGACAACACUGGUCAGGGGAGGCAACGCAUUUGGGUUCUCUUUCGAUGAUGACGAGAAUGCGUUAAUAUCUGCCGCCUCAAUCGUUCUCUACGACGUCACAUUCCUUCGUGUUUAUGUCCAGUCGGUGGAUGUUUGGCUCCAUGUCGAAGAAGCCGCUUUCCUUCUUUCAACUGGAUCUAUCAAUGUUGAUUUCAACGACUGGGCACGGUCCCAUUAUUCCAGACGAGCCAACGUCAAGAUUCCCAACGUUAAGAUUUCUUGUAUCAAUGCCGAACAUGCAGCAAGACACAAAAUUCGAUCUAACUACCCUGUUGAGACCGAUGCACUUCUGGAAACAAGCGUGUCAUUGGCCAUCAUUGGGAGAAAACAUGACUUCUCUAAUCAGAAACGGCGGCAGCAAGAAUUCGUCCGUCGGGAGGACCAGAGGACUCAUAGGGCGCUCUUCCUUCUCCUUUCAGAUGCGCCAGAAGACUUCAUCCCAGAUAUCGUAGAUCCUCCCGCUCAAAGCGUUCCGCCUAUGCCGGUCCCCACCAAGGCGGAUGAGGUUGAAACUGACAGGAUGACAACAUAUUCGGGCGCGACAUCCAAGCGAUCCAGGAGCUUACGGCACAAGAGUUCGUUCCUUUCUUUCACGAGCGAGAGCAGUGUCGUCAGACCUCGCUCGAGACGCUCGAGCGUGAGGGUGAAGCAAGCAGAUCGCCUCUCGCCCUUCGCAUCAUACGAGCGUCAAUCUCGUGGUAGCGGAGGAUAUGUUAGAGAUAAUUCGCCCUCUACUCGCCACUCCGGUUUCUACAGUACCUUCGGUGACAACGCUGAGCGGCAAGAUCUCAUGCACAAUACAGUAGCGUUCUCGAGCCAGUACUUUGCACCAUAUUUUCCGUUGGAGAAUCUGAAGAUGAAUUACAGGGAUGCUGCAAAAAUCAGCGUCGAAAGGGAUGAUGAAAGCGAAGCUGAGCGUCGCUCUCUCGCCUUUGAACUUGGGGAUAUUGACCCAGAUUCCAUCCCGGAGGAUUGUGCUUACUCUAGCAUUAUUCUGGAGGUGCCUUCAGGUGUGAAGGCAAUCUGCAAUCCCACCGCAUUGCGACACAUUAUCACUUUGCUAUCAUCGCUCCAACCUUCAGAUCCGGAAGAUAUCCUGGACAGCAUACAGUCAGACUCUAUGAAAGCCAUCUUUGGUAUGCAAAAGGAUCAAAAAAUGAAGGGCCAUGUCGAAGACAUCCUUAUCAAGAUCCCGCGGGCUGACAUUCGUUUCGCCAACCCAUUUGAUUCUGAUCCGGCCAAUCCGUUGGGCGAAGAGGAAGACCAAUACAAUCUUUCCAUAAUCCAACUCGCAUUGGCGUCUCGAUCAGAAACCAAGUGGCAAGACGCAUUUAAACCCGAGUCCAAACAGACGCGCAACUCGUUCCAUCUCCGCCUGCAAUCGAUAGAAGCUUCAGCAGCUGAAAAAUAUCAUGACGCUUUCAACUCCCCAGCGGCUGUUCGAGCUUCGGUUGAGAACAUCAUGAUAUCGAUGGGGACUCGCGACAUCACGUAUCUGGACGUGGACAUGGGCGCGAUCACGAGCUCUACAUCCUCGGAAAAGAUAGAUUAUCUCGCGUCGUUGAUUCACCGCACAAGCGUCCUAGCUUCCGAUUUCGGCAGGCUCUUUGACGAGAAAUCAGCUUACGAAAAGAACAUGCCAAAAAUAUGA